AUGGCGACCGGUGAGAGGCGAUCAAAUCUCAGGUUGCUCAGGACGUCAUUGAUUCUGGACCAAGGCGACACACGCACGACUCGCCAUGGAGACUGUCUCAGACUGUGUACUCACAACGCGAGAACAAUUUCCACAGACGCCGACCUGCAUGCCCUUCUCGGAGCUGCAGAGCGUAUCAAAUUUCACGUGAUUGCUCUGCAAGAGACCAAGUGCAGAAGGAGCGACGUACGACAGAUCAAUGACGGUACACUCGUCAUUCGUGGAGAGAAGGUUCCGUCGCGAAAUGAUGAGCUAAAAGAAGUAAUCCGUAACGAGAAGUCCUUCUACAAAUUCGUUGUCGGAGACUUCAACGCAAAACUAGGAAAGGCCACAGAAGAGGAAUACAGGAUUGGAAGAUUUGAACUAGGGGACCGGAAUGAAAAUGGCAAUCGUCUUGCUGGGCUGUUGUCCGCCGCUCGCCUCCUUCAUGGGAACUCUCUUUUCAUGAAAAAAGAUCAUCGUCGGUGGACAUGGGAAUCGCCCAAUGGCGCGACUCGUGCGGAGAUCGACCACAUACUCACCAACCGGAGGUGGUGUCUACUUGACGUCUCAGUAGUACCAUCCUUUUGUAGUGGUUCUGAUCACCGUUUCCUUCGUGCGGUAAUACGACUUAGCCACACGAUGGAAAAGAACAUCUCCACUCGACAAAGAAGGAGAAAAGAAGUCGUCUACGACGACUGCGUACUCGAGGACUCCCUGUCCCAAGGUGACUGGCACAUCGAGGAGGACCCAAACGUGGACUACGAGAUGCUGCUCAGAGGAUUACGAGCCUGUGCUGAACGUGCCUCGAAGUCGCGCACGACAAACUUGGAUCGAAUUUCGAGACCACCAAGGAAUUGUUGGAAAGAAGAAGGACUUUGA